AUGACAGAAUCUGGGUCUUCAGCUGCACCACUGGAAUUGCAGGCUUCUUCGCAUGGGUCGCAAUCGCAGAUCCACAUUCACCACCAUCAUCACUACCACCGCAGAUCGGCCAGCGAGGGCAACUCACAAGCAAAGAGAGAAUCAGCAGAAGGUUCUGCUAACAGCAGUAAUGGUAGUGGUAAAAAGUCAUCCUAUCAGUCCCUCAAAUCACUCACGCUUCGAAAUUUGGAUGCAAAACAACACUUUCUAAUCGCCGUGUGCAGAGACGUUUCGUUGCUGCCUCCAUUGCUGUCUCUGGCACGAUCUCUGAAAAAGGCCUGGGAGUUGUCGUAUCGGUCAGAAUUGCUACAAGUGGGACUUUCUCGCGUGUGGCACAAGCAACCCGCCCUUCAGAAGACGCAGGCGUCUUCUGCGGCGGUCGAUUCCGAUUUGAUGUCGCAGCUCCUCGUGGCACGCUCGUCUGAAUACCUAUUGUGUUCACUGUGGUGCGUAGUCUCUGCAUAUUUGACGUAUGCAAUACUGGACUCGUUGAUGGUGCGGUGGAUUGUGAAAUAUUCCACGGUCGCCGCGAUCUUGCGCAUGUUUUCGAUGUCUCUGUUGAUCAUCACGCUCGAAAUGCUACUAUUGUCGUCCUUGUCACCCAAAGGUGACUAUUUUUUGCACACAUGGAUCCUCAUCAGCUGCAUGUUAACGGGCGCAUACAUUUGGCAAAGUUUUCUGACAUCUGACCUGAAUUACGUCGAACAGGAACCUUCUCAAACCGUAUCUACCGAUGAGAGCUCCAGCACGUCUUCACCACGUCCGAAUCCUUCGUCGGCGUCCCAAUCUGGCGUUUCUUCGGGCCAGGUCACGUGCACAGCGACCACCACUGGCACUACAACUACCACCACAUCAUCAUCAUCAUCGGAUAGCCGCAAACGCAGACGAAGUUCUCGAUAUUUGCGUCUCACGAAAAACCAUCAAAUUCAUCUUUACAACAUCACUGUAUUUUGUGUGGUCCCGGUGGGACUGGCAAGUUUCAUCACCAUGGUCGGAUUGCUGCGAAACCUGGUAAUCCAGCGGCUAGAUUUGGAACAACUAGAGCAUUUGAUCACGCAUAAUUAUUCCGGUUGA